CCCAGUCUUUUGAGCGGACAUGAAUUUUUAUCCAAAUUAGACCAUCUUUUCACCAUUUAACCGUCUUCCCCUUUCAGUUUCACUGUUUCAGCUUCGCAGCGGAGCAAAAUUUCAAUUGGGUCUCGGACAAAGAACAAAACUUUCAAUUGGGUUUGUCCCUUUCCCUACCAUCGAUUACCAGUUGGGGUUUUGAUCGACCUUGCCAGUUGUUUAUCCCCAAUUUAGCUAUUGAAAUUUCUGCAUUUUUUGGUUUUGAUAUCACUUGAUUUGAUCAGGAAUGGAUAAUACAGCACUGCAAGAGUGCUCUGUACCUGAAGAUGUUCUCCGGACAUUUUUAAGUGAGGGAAACUCAUCUACCCUCGUAAAUUCAUUGGAAAAUUUAAUACAAGUUUGUAGAACUGCGGAUGGUCGUGCAGGCCUUGCGUCUAAGGAUAUUCUUCCCUCUGUCAUCCUGCUCAUACAAUCUCUCCUUUACCCUUCUGGUUGCCAUCUUCUCACAUUAUGUUUAAAGCUCCUAAGAAAUCUUUGUGCGGGAGAGAUUGCAAAUCAGGACUUAUUUAUUGAAAGAAAUGGAGUGGCAAUCAUAUUGAAUGUUUUGAACUCUGCAAGUCUUUCUUCGGAGCCAGAUACUGGGAUCAUUCGGAUGGGGUUGCAAGUUCUCGCUAAUGUUUCAUUGGCUGGACAACGGCAUCAGUGUGCCAUUUGGCAGCAACUUUUUCCGAAAGAAUUUGUCGCUAUAGCAAGAGUUCAGAGCCGGGAAACUUGUGAUCCCUUGUGCAUGGUUAUCUAUGCUUGUUGUGAUGGAAGCCCUGAACUGUUUGCCCAACUUUGUGGUGAUCGUGGGAUAACUAUCGUGAAAGAGAUUGUAAAGACUACUGCUGCAGUUGGUUUCGGAGAAGAUUGGUACAAGUUGAUUCUUUCAAGAACCUGCUUAGAAGGACCUUACUUCCAGUCACUUUUCUCAAAUUUAGGAUUUGUUGGUGCUACUGAGAAUGGCGAAGACACUGAAUUUAGAGAAGACGUUUUCUCAACUGAGCAAGCAUUUUUCUUGAGAAACAUGUCUGACAUCUUGAAUGAGCGGCUUCAAGAGAUUACUGUGCCUAGUGAUUUUGUACUGUGUGUCUUUGGGAUAUUUAAGAAAUCUGUUGGGAUUCUUAAUUAUGCCGCAAGAGGCAAGUCUGGACUUCCAACAGGUUCUAUUAUGAUAGAUGUUCUAGGAUACUCACUCACAAUCCUGAGAGAUGUAUGUGCUCAGAAGUCCGUAAGAGGCUCUAACGAGGACCUGGGGGAUGCUGUUGAUGUUUUGCUAUCCCAUGGCCUCAUAGAAUUACUUUUACGUUUGCUUCGUGAUCUUGAGCCGACAUCAGUAAUGAGGAAAGCUAUCAAGCAAGGUGAGGACCAAGAGGGACCAAAGCCUUCUUCCUUAAAGCCCUGCCCUUAUAAAGGUUUUCGGAGAGAUAUAGUGGCAGUCAUUGGCAAUUGCACAUAUAAAAGGAAGCUUGUACAAGAUGAGAUUAGACAAAAGGAUGGGAUUCUUCUGCUCCUGCAACAGUGUGGCCUUGAUGACGACAAUCCGUACUUAAGGGAGUGGGGCAUUUGGUGCGUGAGGAACUUAUUCGAAGGCAACGAAGAAAACGAAAGGGUAGUGGCUGAAUUGGAGCUUCAAGGGGCUGUUGAUACACCAGAAAUUGCUCAACUUGGUCUUCGAGUAGAAGUGAAUCCAGAAACUAGACGGCCAAAGCUUGUUAACAUCCCAUGAAGAAGGUAGUUCAAUCUGACGCUGAUUAGUGAUCAAGAAGCUGAUUAGAUUCGAUUGGAUGAAUCCAGAAAUGCGUGAUUUUCUCAUUAUAAAUUUUUUCUUUGAGCUCAGGUGUUUUGCAAACGUAUUCGAUCUGGUUAGUGUGCAAAAUUUCAGAGUAGUGCAAACAGCAUGAAAGGAUGGAUUGUAUUGUAUUGAAUUGACUUCUGAAUUUCUUGCGGUUUCAAACCUUCGUCUCCUUGUCUGUCAAUUUGUCCGUUAAUUGCUGACACGGUAAAAACGGCUUACAAGAGGAAAAAAAACAUUCCCUCUUUCUCGAUCCCCCAAUCUCCAAAUCUUUUUACUCUCUCUUUAAAACCUCAAAUCUUUUUUACUUUCUCUGUCCUGUCGUCGUCGGAAGCGGUGGUGGUCCAACACCGAGCGUAUGCCAGGGUGAGCCUGUUGGAGUGACACAUCAGCAAGGCCAUGUCAGCAUAAGUUUGUUAGAGCUGUUAGAGGUUGUUAAAACUUAGUUAAUAUUCUAGCUUGUAGUGUACGACUCAUUUGGGAUAUAAAAGGACUGAUUGUGCUUCAUUUGUAUUCACUGAGAAAAUAAUACAAGAUCGAAUUCUACUUUUC